AUGGCAGGUUAGGAUAAUUAACGUAGCAGGUUAGGAUAACUAAUGUAGCAGGUCAGGGGAACUAACAUAGCAGAUUAGGAGAAUGAAGUUAAGGUUAUUUUUCUAAUGUAAUCCAAUCUAUUAGUUGUAUUUAUUGCACCCAUUACUGAAAUGGUUGUGUAGGCCAGCCCAACAGAUAACUUCACUUUUGUCAACACUCUAUGCAAAAGGUUUUAUUGUCUUCUUAGGAAUUCAGCCUCAUCCGUUUUGCUCUCACCAUCCCCCAUUAUGUCACACCUCUGUUGUGAUAACAUCCUGUAGGUCUGAUAUCUGAUUGGAGGUUAACUUUACAGCAAUAAUAUUGAUCAACAACUCAGAUUUUGAAUCCAAACAUGGUCAAAUGGUGAUAAAAGGGUCUUAGCGUCAUUGUCUUUUUCUCUUUGUUCCUGACCUGGUGUGGGGAGAUACACUCUCCCUUUCCUCUCCAGGGAUUCUUGGGGGCAUGGCUUUUCAGGCUUCCUUCUCUCUCUCCCUCUCUGAUCAUGCCUAGAAUAAUGUCUUGUAAUGCUUGUUGAUGCUUUGUAACUUAAGUUUAUGCCUUGUAUGUGAAUCAAUUUAUUUAACAGUUGUAUUAAAUCUGUUUGCCUUUAGAGUUCCAUUCUCAGACCUUUCUUGAUCUUUCUAUUACUGUAACUAAACAAUAGUCCUGCUUGCUAAAUCCUCUUUAUGGAGUCAAAUCAACAUUAAUUUAUUUGAGAAAAAAAAUUAACCCCCUUUUUCUCAUAUCUAAUUACGAUCUUGUCUCAUCGCUGCAACUCCCCAACGGGCUCGGGAGAGGCAAAGGUCGAGUCAUGCAUCCUCUGACACAUGAUCCGCUAAGCCGCGCUUCUUAACACCCGCUCGCUUAACCUGGAAGCCAGCUGCACCAAUGUGUCGGAGUCAGCUUGCAGGCGCCCGGCCCGCCACAAGGAGUCGCUAGAGCACGAUGAGCCAAGUAAAGCCCCCCUGGCCAAACCCUCCCCUAACCCGGACGACGCUGGGCCAUUUGCACACCGCCCUGUGGAACUCCCAGUCACAGCCAGUUGUGACACAGCAUGGGGUUGAACCCCAGGCUGUAGUGACGCCGCAACACUGCGUGUUGUUUAAUAGACUUUGUUAACAUAGAAAUUACAUACUCUUAUUAUGGGUCGAAUGUGAGAUAUGUAUAUAUAAUAUCAUAUACUGUAUGAUAAAUAUUACCCACUACAGUUGUUACAGUUUAGAUGGUUUAGGUAGUCUCAUUUAUUAAUCUUUCUAACCCUGGCAGUCAUUCUGGAUGCAGAUUGUCGGAAUCCACUCUGGCUGGAUUCCAGUAGGAAUUAAACAUCACUUUGCAAGCCAAAACACAACGAAGACUGGCCACCAGAAAAACACAGCGAAGGCUGGUCACCAGCGAAAACACAACAAAGGCUGGUCUGCCAGUGAAAACAAAACCAAGGCUGGUCUGCCAGCAUAACCAACUAGACCAUGCUGGUCAGCCAGCCGAACCAGCUAGACCAUGCUGGUCAGACCAGCUUGACCAGCAUUCGCCAAGCACUGACCAGCAUAGAAAAGCAUGGACCAGCUUGAAAUGUAUGAUGGUCUAUGCUGUUUUCUUCAGCAGGGUCACCCCAGAGAAAGAACCCCUCAAUAAACUUUUUAUUUUUUGAGUGUAGGGGUACUUUAUUGAGUAGACUAAAAUAUUUCAGUCUGAAAGCUAACAGAAGAACAACAGAGGAUACAACAGCUGUUUGGCUACUCUGCUCUGCAGUACACAUGUCUCCCUAUUUUGUUUGGAAUCUGUUUAACAGUUGGUCUUCUGUUUAUCGGUUUGAUUCUCUGUCUGUCUUUCUGUGUCUACCUGUUGUCUUGUGUGUAGCAGCUUGAAUGUCUGUCCGUGUGUCUGUCUGUCUGCCCAUCUGAUUCUCUGUCUGACUGCUAUCCUAUCUUUUAGUCUGUCUGUUUGAUUCUCUGUCUGUCGGAUUCUUUGUCUAUACAUCUGUCUGUCUGUAUCUCUGUAUCUGUCUCUCCCUCUCUGAUCUCUCCCUCUCUGUCUGGUAUGUCUGUAUAGGAGCACCCCUCUAGUCUCUCCAUGGUGGACCUGCUCAACGUGGCCAGAGAUAUCGCACAGGGAUGCCAAUACCUGGAGGAGAACCAGUUUAUACACCGGUAGGCCUACUGUGGUAGAAAAACAUACAUGGACGUACACUACGUGACCAAAAGUAUGUGGACAUCUGCUCAUCGAACAUCUCAUACCAAAAUAAUGGGCAUUAAUAUGGAGUUGGUCCCCCAUUUGCUGAUAUAACAGCCUCCACUCUUCUGGAAGGCUUUCCACUAGAUGUUGGAACAUUGUUGCUGGGACUUGCUUCUAUUUAGCCACAAGAUCAUUGGUGAGGUCGGGCACUGAUGUUGAGCGAUUAGGCCUGGCUUGCAGUUGGUGUUCCAAUUCAUCUCAAAGGUGUUUGAUGGGGUUGAGGUCAGGGCUCUGUGCAGGCCAGUCAAGUUCUUCCACACCGAUCUCAACAAACUAUUUCUGUAUGGACCUCGCUUUGUGCACGGGGGCAUUGUCAUGCUGAAACAGGAAAGGGCCUUCCCCAAACUGUUGCCACAAAGUUGGAAGCACAGAAUCGUCUAGAAUGUCAUUGUAUGCUGUAGCGUUAAGAUAUCCCUUCACUGGAACAAAGGGGCCUAGCCCGAACCAUGAAAAACAGCCCCAGACCAUUAUUACUCCUCCACCAAACUUUACAGUUGGCACUAUGCAUGGAAACCCAUUUCAUGAAGCUCCCGACGAACAGUUAUUGUGCUUACGUUGCUUCCAGAGGCAGUUUGGAACUCGGUAGGGAGUGUUGCAACCAAGGACAGACAAUUUAUACGUGCUAUACGCUUCAGCACUCGGCGGUCCCGUUCUGUGUGCUUGUGUGGCCUACCACUUCGCGGCUGAGCCGUUGUUGCUCCUAGACGCUUCCACUUCACAAUAACAGCACUUACAGUUGACCGGGUCAGCUCUAGUAGGGCAGAAACUUUACGAACUGACUUGUUGGAAAGGUGGCAUCCUAUGACGGUGCCACGUUGAAAGUCACUGAGCUCUUCAGUAAGGCCAUUCUACUGCUAAUGUUUGUCUAUGGAUAUUGCAUGGCUGUGUGCUCAAUUUUAUAUACCUGUCAGCAACGGGUGUGGGUGAAAUAGCCGAAUCCAUUAAUUUGAAGGGGUGUCCACAUACUUUUGUAUAUAUAGUGUAAGUGUGUGCACAUAGUAUUCACAUAUAGUCAAACCAGCACAAUAUGCCGUGACAGACACAUACUCUUUCUUACACACAUACUAAUUUUACCCACUUAUACACACAGGCAAACACACGUGCGCACGCACGCAUGCACAAACACACACACACAAAGACACAGUCCACCACAUUCACACCCUCCCAAACAAAUGCAAACACAUUCUCAAACUACAACAACAUAUGGGUGUUCACAUACACUCACCGGCCAGUUUAUUAGGUACACCACCCUGUUCACGAAAAUGGAUCACUUUGAGUGAUGUGGCCAUGGCUUGCUAUAUAAAGCAAGCAGACAGGCAUUGAUGCAUUCAGUUGCUGUUCGAUUGAACGUUAGAAUGGGCAAAACAAGUCAGUUAUAGUCACAGCUGUGUAUAUUCCCCCUCAAGCCGAUACCACGACGGCCCUCAAGGAACUACACUGGACAACACAUCAACUGUAGUACUCGCUCUUCAAACACUCUCUCUCCCUUCCGGGAUGGCUACAAGGACAUCCCUUGCCUUCCCUUCGGCAAAUCAGAUCAUUACAUUUACAUUUUAGUCAUUUAGCAGACGCUCUUAUCCAGAGGGACUUACAGUUAGUGAGUGCAUACAUUUUUUUUCAUACUGGCCCCCCAUGGGAAUCAAACCCACAACCCUGGCGUUGCAAGCACCAUGCUCUACCAACUGAGCUACACGGGACUCCAUUCUGCUCCUCCCUUCUUAUAGGCAGAAACUCAAACAGGAUGUAACCUAUUCAACGCUGGUCUGACCAAUCGGAAUCCAUGCUUCAAGAUUGUUAUGUUCAUGCGGACUGGGAUAUGUUCCGGGUUGCCUCUGUGAAUAACAUUGACGUAUACACUGACACGGUGACUGAGUUCAUCAGGAAGUGUAUAGGGGAUGUUGUUCCCACUGUGACUAUUAACACCUACCAAAACAAAAACCAUGGAUAGAUGGCAGCAAUCGCACAAAACACCCCCAGGUGGUGAAGGUAGGAAACAACACCUCCACUACGCUGAUCCUCAACCCAGGGGCCCCACAAGGGUGCGUGCUCAGCCCCCUCCUGUACUCCCUGUUCACCCAUGACUGCAUGGCCACGCACGCCUCCAACUCAAUCAUAAAGUUUGCAGACGACACAACAGUAGUAGGCCUGAUUACCAACAAUGGUGAGACAGCCAACAGGUAGGAGGUGAGGGCCCUGGCGGAGUGGUGCCAGGAAAAUAACCUCUCCCUCAACGUCAGCAAAACGAAAGAGCUGAUUGUGGACGUCAGGAGACAGCAGAGGGAGCACGCCCCCAUCCACCUCGAUGGGACCGCAGUGGAGAAGGUGAAUAGCUUCAAGUUCCUGACAAUCUGAAAUGGUCCACCCACACAGACAGUGUGGUGAAGAAGGCGCAAAUUCGGCUUGGUCCCUAAGACCCUCACAAACUUUUACAGAUUCACCAUUGAGAGCAUCCUGUCGGUCUAUAUCACCACCUGGUACGGCAACUGCACCGCCAGCAACCACAGGGUGGUGCGGUCUGCCCAACACAUCACUGGGGGCACACUGCCUGCCUGCCCUCCAGGACACAUAUAGCACCCAAUGUCACAGGAAGGCCAAAAAGAUCAUCAAGGACAUCAACCACCCGAGCCAUGGCCUGUUCACCCUGCUAUCAUAUAGAUGGCGAGGUCAGUACAGUUGCAUUAAAGCUGGGACCGAGAGACUGAAAAACAGCUUCUAUCUCAAGGCCAUCAGAGUGUUAAAUAGACAUCACUAGCCGGCCUCCACCCAGAACCUCACCCUGAAGUUGGUCACCGUCAAUAGCCGGCUACCACCUGGUUACUCAACCCUGCACCUUAGAGGCUGCUGCCCUAUGUACUGUACAUAGACAUGGAAUCACUGGUCACUUAUGUAAUGGAACACUGGUCACUUUAAUAAUGUUUACAUAAUGUUUUACUCCUUUCAUAUGUAUAUGCUGUAUUCUACUGUAUUCUAGACAAUGACACUCCGACAUUGUUCAUCCUAACAUUUAAUAUAUUUCUAAAUUCCAUUAUUUUACUUUGACAUUUGUGUGUAUUGUUGUGAAUUGUUAGAUACAACUGCACUGUUGGAGCUAGGAACACAAGCAUUUCGCUACAUCCGCAAUAACAUCUGCUAAAUAUGUGUAUGUGACCAAUAAAAUGUGAUUUGAUUGGAAUUGAACACACACACACCUCUGUAAGGUUCUUCUUGUCUUGUCACUUUGCAGGGACAUUGCAGCUCGGAACUGCCUGCUGACCACCAAAGGACAGGCGAGAGUGGCCAAGAUAGGGGACUUUGGAAUGGCCAGGGACAUUUACAGGUACUGCCAUCACGCAAACUCUUUAAACCCAGCUACUAUAAAGGUAUACCUCUUUGGUCUGGGGUGGUCUGGCGGUCUGGGCCGCUGUACAAGCAUGGGUUUGAGUCCGGCCUACUGCUAUUUCAGCACUCUCUCUUCUACAUUUCACCUCUAUCCAAACAUGACAAAAUAGUGGGACUGUCCCAAAUCUUCGCCCAGGUCUAAAGUUGUUUGCACUCUGAAGCAGGUUCUCAUCAAAGAUUUGUCUGUAUUUUUCUCCAUUCAUUGUUCCGUCUAUCUUUACCAGUCUCCCAGUCCCUGCUGCUGAAAAGCAUCCCCAUAGCAUGAUGCUUCCACCACCAUGCUUCACAGUAGGGAUGGUGUUAGAUGGGUGAUGAGCUGUGCCUGGUUUUCUCCAGACAUAGCGCUUUGCAUUCAGGCCACAGACAGGGUGUGGUACCUCGUAUGUCUAAAGUUUAGUAAUGAUGUUAGGUACAGUGGGACUUUUUGUAAAAGGGCUUUAUAAAUGAAAACAUAGCAAUGUAUCAACCUACGUGACAUCAAAGUGGGCCAACCAACUUUCUGGUAGAGAAUGCAGUGAUGAGUACUAAAAUUGUUGCCCGUAAUAAAGCACAGUGUGCCAUGAUAAACUGCAUCUAAUGGCUUUAAUGAAGUGGCAGUUGCGUUCAUAUAGAUGAUGUCGCCAUAGUGUAGGACCGAUAAGAACAUCGACUGAAUAAUCUGCUUUCUACUAUUUAGCGAGACCUGUUUCUAUAGAAGAAGCCCAUUUUUAUUCUCAGCUUCUUAACUAACUCAUCAAUAUGCUUUAAAAGACAGCUUUUCAUCUAACCAGAUGCCCAGAUACAGUAUUUGUAAGCACAUACACGAUCAAUAUGGACACCAUCCAAAGUACAUACAGUAUGCUUAAAUCAUCAGACUUAUUUUUAUGCGCUCUAGAGAACAACAUAUACUUAGUUUUACCUGCAUUCAGUGCUAAUUUCAGGUCAAUAACGUUUUUCUGUAAUACAAUGAAGGCAGACUGUAGUUCAGAUAGAGCCUGGUCAACCGUGGGGGCAAUAGCAUACACAACAGUAUCAUCGGCAUACAUGUGCAGGUACAUUAUCUUUUACAGACAAGUCGAUAUUGUUAAUGUAAACAGUAAAAAGUACAGGACCCAGAAUCUACCUCUGCGGGACACCAUUCAUAAUAUCCAGGAAACCUGAUUUAACACCAUUAGUAGAUAUGAAUCGAGUUCUAUCUGUCAAGUAAUUUUUAAACCAGUUACAUGCAGCCUGGUCUAGGCCAAUUGAGGAAAGCCUCUGAAUUAGCAGUGAGUGAUCAACAUUAUUGAAAGCCUUUGACAGGUCAAUGAAGAAGGCAGCACAAUGCUGCCUUUCAUCCAUACAGUUAACCACAUCAUUUAUAACUAGGGAUGCAGCAGAGAUAGUGCUAUGACCUGGUCUAAAACCCGACUGAAAGUUUAGAAAUAGGCCAAUAAUUAUUUAGGUCACAAGGGUCACUACCUUUGUUAAGAGGGAGCACAUGAGCCACCAUCCAAACCUUGGGGAUAGUACCAGAUAUAAUUGUCAGGUUAAAAAUAUGGAUUAAUGAUUCAACAAUCAGAGGGGCAGAGAGCUGCAGCAAAAAUGGAUCAAGCAUAUCAGCUCCAGUGGAUUUGUUUUUACAUCAAUCUUAAGCAAGGGAUGUAGCACAUCACAGAUAGUAAAUUGUUGAAAUGAAAACAAAGAUUCACUAAAAUGUACUAGAUGUUAUUAACUUGAUGUUAUUGAUCAUAAUUUGUUAUUGGAAAAACUCACUUAUAUCUUCACAUCACCUGCCAUGCUUGGAGAGUUACUUAUCCAAUAGAACUCAGAGAGUAUUCUUCAAUGGAAGCUUCUCUAACAUCAGAUAUGUACAGUGCGGUAUCCCUCAGGUUAGCUGACUUGGGCCGUUACUUUUCUUUAUUUUACAAAUUAUUUGCCACUUGUCUUAUAAGAAGAUAAAAUGCUGAUGAUUGCACAGUCUACACAUCAGCACCUACAGCCAGUGAGCUCACUGAGACUCUUAGCAAGGAGUUACAGUCAGUGUCAGAAUGGGUAAUUAACAAUAAACUGGUCAUAAAUACAUCUAAAACCAAAAGCAUUGUAUUUGGUUCAAAGCAUUCUAGACCUAAACCUCAACUGCAGUUGUGCAUAAAUGGUGUGACCAUUGAAGAAGUUGAAGAAGCUGAACUCCUUGGAGUAACAUUGGAUGGUCUGUUAUCAGGGUCAAGUCAUAUUGACAAAGUUGUUGUGAAGAUGGGGAGAGGUAUGUAUGUCUGUUAUAAAACAUAUAUUCUGCAUUUUUUACACAAAGAUCAAGGCUUUGAUCUUGUCCCAACUUGAUUACUGUCCGGUAAUAUGGUCAGGUGCAGCAAAGAAAGACUGCACUUGGGUCACGCCCUGACUCUGGGGACUCGUAUUUGUUGAGUCAGGGUGUGUAUUUUUCUGUGUGGUAUGUUCUAUGUUGCAUUUUCUAUGUUUAGAUCUAGAUCGUGUAGAUCUAUGUUGGCCGGUGUGGUUCCCAAUCAGAGGCAGCUGUAGCUCGUUGUCUCUGAUUGGGGACCAUACUUAGGUAGCCUAUUGGCACUAGUGGGUUGUGGGAUCUUGUUCCGUGUUAAGGUAUGUUGUGUUGCCUUGGACUUCACGGUUCGUUUUGUUUGUUAUUUUGUCGUUGUGUUUGAUAUCUAAUAAACAUGUAUGCAUAUCACGCUGCGCCUUGGUCCGUCCCGUCUAUAAACGAACGUGACAACUUGGCUCAAAACAAAGCAGCACACCUUUCCCUUAACUGCACACACAUAAAUAACAUCAACAACAUGUAUGAUAGUCUUUCAUGGACUCUGGAGCAGUGGAAACACGUUCUCUUGAGUGAUGAAUCACGCUUCACCAUCUGGCAGUCCGGUGGACGAAUCUGGGUUUGGCGGAUGCCGGGAGAACGCUACCUGCCCCAAUGCAUAGUGCCAACUGUAAGGUUUGGUGGAGGAAGAAUAAUGGUCUGGGGCUGUUUUUCACGGUACGGGCUAGGACCCUUAGUUCCAGUGAAGGGAAAUCUUAACGCUACAGCAUACAAUGACAUUCUAGACAAUUCUGUGCUUCCAAAUUUGUAGCAACAGCUUGGGGAAGGCCCUUUCCUGUUUUCGCAUGACAAUGCCCCUGUGCACAAAGCGAGGUCCAUACAGAAAUGGUUUGUCGAGAUCAGUGUGGAAGAACUUGACUGGCCUGCACACAGCCCUGACCUCAACCCUUAGUUGUCCCUUGGUGUCUUUCCUGUAUAUAACUCUUAUUUUACUUGUCAUUUACAUUUAUUUGUACGUUUUAUGUGGACCCCAGGAAGAGUAGCUGCAGCAUGUACAGUAGCUAAUGGGGAUCCUAAUAAACUAAACUAAACCCUCCAGGAGGAGUCUCUUCACAGUCCCCAAGUCCAAAAUGAAUACAUGGCAAUGCACAGUUUUAUACAGAGCCAUGAUUGCAUGGAACUCCCUUCCAUCUCCAAUUACUCAAGCAAACAGAAAAAUUACCUCUAAAAAACUGACUAACAAUAACUCAUGGAAUGGCGGACAUACAAGCACACACACAGACACACUCUAACACAUGCAUCAUGUUUUAGUUGUAUUGUUUGUGUAAUUUUUUAGUUGUAUUCUUUGUAUAUCAUUUUAUUUGGGUGACUUUCCUUGGCUAUCAGUGUAUCAGUGUUUAGUUACUUGUCAUGUUUUGUGUUUUUUGUGGACCCCUGGAAGAGUAGCUGCUGCUUCUGCAAAGGCUAAUGGGGAUCCAAAUGAACAAAUAAAUGCUAAAUUGGCGUCCAUCUGCCUGAGAAAAAAAAGAUGGGGUAUUUAGAAAAUUCUGUUGCUAUGAAAACAUGGGUUUUUUGUUAUGAUGAGGACACCUCAUGCCAAUUCAAGACAUGGAAAUGGUUACAGAAAUGGUACCACAAAACUCCACAUCCAGGUAUGAAGCAGUCUUAUUAUUAGUGUCUAUCUAGAGUAGGGGCUUUGAAACAUUUCUUGCCUAGAGACCCCCGCCCAGGCAAACAGCCGACCCAGGGACCCCCAUCAUAUGUUAGCAAAACAAUUGUUAUCAUGUCUUAUCAUCAGGUGAAUGAUAAUGGCAGUAGAAGUAAUCUACAUUUUAAAAUGAAUAGAUUUGGUAGACAGUUUCAUUAUUUUGACCUCCCCACAGAUCAUUGGAAGAGGAAGUAUAAACUCUAACAUAGUCUAUUAGCUAUGAAUUUUCAGCAAUUCUACACAGUUUGGCAUGGCGCUGAGAGACAAUUUUGCAGUUUUAAAGCUAAUUUCCUGCAAUUCUAUGCAAUUUGCCAUGGCUAAUGCUGUGUUCCUCUGCUCAAUCAUUAUAACAAAAUCAAUGGGCAUGAGCCCUGAAUGCCCAGCUUUUGAAUUUUAGAUUCUCCAUGACUAUCUAGCUUUUAUUUGAUUGCUAGUUCUCAAAGAUCUUUUCUGCAUGCUUUCUAUCUGGUUUUGGUCGUUUAAGUUGAUACUGAAACGUUUUUUCCAUCCCGAAAAUGACCACUUAGACCAGUGUUUCCCAACCCCAGUCCUCGUGUACCCUCAACAGUACACAUUUUCAUUGUAGUCCUGGACAAACACACCUCAUUCAACUCAUUGAGGGCUUGAUCAUUAGUUGACAAGUUGAAUCAGGUGUGCUUGUCCAGGGUUACAAUGAAAACAUGUACUGUUGGGGUUACUCGAGGACCACGGUUGGGAAACACUGACUUAGACGGCCCGCCUAAGAAUUUUCUAUAUAUAACAAACCUUGUAAUUAGCUCAAAUGACUGUAAUUUACUCCAUGUUAAAGGGAUAGUUUGAGAUUUUGGCAAUGAAGCCAUUUAUUUACUACCCCAGAGUCAGAUGAACAGGAACUGUUAGCAUGUGAACUGUUCCUGUAGACUUCCAGUCAUUGCAGCAAGCCAUAUUCAUAAAAUAAUUAUUUUUCAUAUAAAAAAUCCCCCAAAAUAUUUUUUUAUAUAUAAUAAUUGCAGACAUCCUGCAGCACCUCUGCAGACCCCUAGGGGACCGCAGACCCCAGUUUGAAAACCCCUGAUCUAGAGAACACAGGCACUGUUCCCGUAGCUACCAGAGUUAUCUGGCUACCUAGCUACGCUAGCCUGCUGUAGCACAUAGUUAGCUAGUGCUACAACCAACAGAAAAAAGCACAUUUUUACCUUCAAAGUUAGUAACUAGCUAGCUACUAACAUUAUUUAACUGUAAUAAACAGGGCAUUGUGGAAGAAAGAUAGUUAGCUAGAUAGGCUAGCAGUAGCUACAAUAUUUGCAGGGAAGAAAAUACAAAUACAAUACAUGUGUUAUUUAAUUACUUCUUAUUUUUUGGAAGGGGCUGUGAAUAUAUUUUUAUUUAUCUCUGUGUUAUCUUGUACACUUCUUUUUAUUUUUUAUUUCAUUAGAGAUGUAGAAUUUUAUUAUUUUACUUUUCAAUUCUUUUGACAAAUAAAAUCAUGUUGAUAUAGUAAACACUUGGGGAGAAUUCCGCCGCGAGUUAAGAGCGCGUAAAUGGAACGUAAUUCCCUUUUCAUGCACUUUUCUCUCUACGUGUACUCUGACUUUGAAUUUAAACAUGAUAAUUAAUUCCUACUAAUUCCACCAUCUUUACGUGCGAGGAAACACUAAAUAAGGUCGAGCGAACCUGCCGGUUCCAAGUGGGAAAAGCAUCUAGUUAAUUUAUUUCGAUAGAACCACCAUGCACUGAGCUAUUGAUAACAGCUAGGUAAAUUAGUCAUCUGUUUGGAGAAGGGGAUUGUAAAUACACAUAUCCUAGCAAUUGUUUUAGACAAUUUCUCGUUAUGAUCCCUGGAGACAAAUGUAAAACCAGUCAUAUGGAAGCAAACAGAAAUUCACAUCAACAUGACAUGUUUUGCGGCCCCUUUUCCACAGUGAAGUAGGCUAUAAAUAGCAGUGCUGUUAUUCCGAAUUUGAAUUUUCUGUCCUCAGAAUUUGCAGGGAAGAAAUUUGGAGACCCGGGCUUUUCUCAGUAUCAUGUUAAGUAUUAGCCACUGUCGGGAGCCACCAUCGGUAAUACCCACAUACAUUUAUAACUAACUUUAGUGUUAGUUUCCUUUAAAUUGUAGCUUACAUUUUGCAUAAUUCCCUUCCAUUUUACCUUUCUUUCCUCUGUCACAUCUGUGUAGUUGUUCCUGAGGUUCACUAGCAAUAGUGGGUCAUGUUAGGCUAUCGUUGUAGAAUAAUUAUGGAACAGACCGCACUUAGCAGCUUAAACCUGGAGCUUGGUGCAUGGUUCACGACGACUGGACCGUUGUCAUACAGUUCCAUGAUGAGUAAGGGUAGAGUUAUAGGACUAUUGGGGCUGUAACAAUGGUGAGGUGUGAUUGUCAGGAUAACUUAAUGGCAUGUCUCAGGCAUUCAGGAUCCUUAGUCUCCACCGAGUGUUGUUAACGCCCCAUGUUCCCCUUAUACUACAUUGGAUGGAGAAACCAACUUUUGAGUGUUCAGAGAUAAAACACUUAAGUUCUUCCAACUGGCGUGGAAGUGGCUAGAGUCUUCAGAGGUUGAAGGAUAAUUAGGAGUCUGAAACUAGCUUAUUUCUCCAUUUAUUUUCCUACUUUUCUUUCCAUCACUUUCUUUUCUCUGUUUUCAUCCCCUUUUUCUAACUGCUGUGCUGUCAAUCAAGUCAUGCAGCAGGUCUAACAAGAUCACCCCUGUGUGUGUGUGUGUGCGCACGGGUGUGUCUCCACACAGGGCGAGCUACUACAGAAAGGGUGGGCGCGCCAUGCUGCCUGUGAAGUGGAUGCCUCCCGAAGCGUUCAUGGAGGGGAUCUUCACGUCCAAAACGGACACGUGGUACGUUCCAUUGUAAAUCACUCUCAAUGAUGUCUUAGUUCUCUUGAAUUUCACCCUUCCAGUCUACCUCACCUCCCUCUUUCUGUUCUUCAAUGGAACUUUCUAUUUUUCACCUUUUGAAAGCCUCCUCUCUUUUACUCCAUCUGCAAUCCUCCGUCCUUCCUUCACCCCUCACUUUGCCCUUAUCACCCUUAAGAAUUACGAUUCUCUCUCACGUCUAAAAAAUAAAUAAAAAGUAUUCCUCUCUUGCUCCUCACCUACUUCUCUCUCCCCCCCCCUCUCGCUUUCCUUCUUCCUCCCACCUCUCUCUCCCACUUUCUCUCAGGUCCUUUGGGGUUUUGCUAUGGGAGAUCUUCUCUCUGGGAUAUAUGCCCUAUCCCAGUCGCAGUAACCAGGAAGUGUUGGAGUUUGUCACCAGCGGGGGAAGGAUGGACCCUCCCAAAAACUGCCCAGGGCCCGUGUAAGUCCAAUAUAUACACCUUGAACAAUCACACACCACCCAAACACAUGUAGCAGAUGUGAGCUAGCAGGCUAGUGAAGCACUAGGAGCCAUCAUGUGGUGACGUCACAUUCCUUAAGAUUGAAAGCGAACUGUCGCUCAGUCAACUUCCGGGCCUGUCUGAACUGUCACUCACAUAGGGAUGGAACUUACUCUGUUACAUACAGAUUACACACACACCCUCACACUUACAGUAUACUGUUUUCACUCAUGCACACACAUAGAAUGCAGACAUACACUGGGAUACAAGCGUACAAACACACAAAACACCCAUAACUUCUCAGACUUGCAUCACGUUCUUGCCCCUCGCUGAUUUUUCACGCCCCCUCCAUGCAUGACGAACCACUUUUAUCGUCCAAUUCUCCUUUGAACUCUCCCAGAUGGCAGAUUCUUUGCCUUUUUAUCACCACAGAAAAGCCUAAAUGUUUCUUCUUUGAUCGUUUUUUCCCCUGAAAAAUAAACACAGUCCCCAUGUGGUACAAUGAAUCUGCGUCACGAAGGGCUCACAAUAGGCAUGUCACAUUGCCAAAUAAUAUUACACAAGAGUAAUGAUUGCAAGUCAAAUCUAAUUAAGAAACAAGCUUGAUUUUGUAGUGACUUGGGGGGUACCCCAGGAUUCCGCUUGACCCCUACUGACUUUUCAACGGUAAUCACUCAAACUAGCGGGAUGUUACAUUUCAUUCAGAAUGUUUUGUAUUUAAUCAGUCUUGUGGUAUUAUGACGGGGAGGCGGCACUUUUCAUAAAGUGUGCGUGAGUUUGUGUCUAAAAGUGUAUUAGCGAAGGGGGAAAUAUGCCUUUUAAUUUUCUGAUGUGUUUAUCAAUUUGUGCAAAGUUCAAAUAGAGGAAACGUUUUUGAUUGUGCUUGGUGUCGUGUGUGUGUGUGUGUUUCAGGUACCGGAUAAUGACACAGAGUUGGCAGCAUCAACCGGAGGACAGGCCCAACUUCUCCACCAUCUUGGAGCGGAUUGACUACUGCUUACAGGUAGGGAGUUUGAACAUCGAGAGUCAACACCCAUCUGCACUGGAACUGUGCUCAAGUAUUAAUGUCUGUUUGACUACCAAGAGGUUAUUUUAUUAUGUAGGACUAUUUUAAAAUGUGAUACAGCUCAUAAUCUGUCUGUCUAUGUGUAAAUGCUGUAUUCCUUUUGGGAUAGUUCUGUCAUCUAGCCUUAACUUAAGCUCUAACUUCUAAAAUGAAGUCAAUGUUGGUUGCAUUAGAAGUGACAUUUUGAACUCUACUUUGAUAAGUAUGUCAUUUUCUACAAAUUCAGUCUUUGGUAAUGUUAAUGAUGUCAUUACUUGUUGUUCGCCAUUGUUAGUAUCCAAUGCUCCCCUAUCCUCUCCAGGACCCCGAUGUGGUGACUGUUACAUUGCCUGUGGAAUAUGGCCCCCUCCCCGAAGAGGAGGAGCGGGUGCCCAUGCGCCCUGAGGACCCCACAGCCUCUCCCCUGCUGGUGUCCACUCAGAUGCCCGACGGAGAGGGCCCUGCACCGGCACCCUCUGCCCCCGACCCCAACGAGGAGAACCGAAGAGUCGAGCAGCCCCUCCUCCUUUCCAGCCAACCCCCCGAAACUGCCAAGCCCCAGGCGAUGGCGCAACAACCCCAGUCCUACCCCAACCCUCACCCCCAGACCUUCCCCACGACCACCAUCACAGCCACCUCCUUCAUCUCCACCUCCAAGGCGCCUCCCCCCAUCUCCAUCCAGCAGCCCAACCCAGAGGGGGGCCACAUCAAUCUGGCCUUCACCCAGGGCCACCCUAAGGAUAAGGAGGGUCGCAAUGGGAAGCCCACCAACCUGUGGAACCCCACCUACGGCUCCUGGUUCCUCCAGCAACAGCAGAAGAAGCAGCAGCAACAACAGCAGCAGCAGCAAAGGCAGGGAGGCAUGGGCAGUGGAGGUGAGGGGGUUGUAGGUGGGAGGGUGCCGGGCGAGGGGCAGCAGCACCAAGGGCGGACUGUGGCCGAGGCGGCGGGGACCCUGGGUCUCCAGCAACAGCAGCACAAGCAGCAGCAGUUCCAGCCACCGUAUCCCUUCCAUCCGCAGCAGCAACAGCAACAGCAGAUGCAGCUGCAGCAGAUGCAGCUCCUGCACCACCAACAGCAGCAGCAACAGCAGGGGCUCUGCAGGCCCCUCUUGCCCCCUCCGCCCCCACCCCAGGCCACCUCCUCGGAUAUCACUGCCCCUACGCCUUCCCCGCUCCUGUUGGAUUCGGCCACUCUCCCCCCAGUCCCCCUCUUCAGACUUCGCCACUUCCCCUGCGGGAACAUUGGCUACGGCUACCAGGAGCAAGGUUUGCCCCUGGAGGCGACCCACCACCACCCCAACCCUGUCAACCCCCCUCCUCCCCCGCCACCCGUGGCCAUCCAGAGAGGAGUGGCGGGGACCCAGCUGUCGCUGAGCUGCUCGACGAUGGGCAAUUCCGAGGACAGCCGCCCGCUGCUGGUCACCAUGGGGACAGUGCAGGACCCCACGCUGCCCCGGAUGGAGGGCCACAAUGCCACGGUGCUUUAG